GCGCACGGAUACAGCAGACAGGAAAAGGGGGCGGACGGAGUCCCUCUUUACCGGCACGACUUCACUGCGCGCGCCCGUGUGUGUGUUUCUCUCCCCUGCUGCCCGCGGCUCAGCGCUAAUACCGGCCCUGAGGCUCAGUCUGAGAGUGUGUGCGGGUGAGAGUGUGUGUGAACAUGGCGCGGCCGGACAACAAGAAGUUUUUCGAGAACCUGACCGGAGCCGGGAAAGCCAUCGCCGUGCUGACCAGCGGAGGAGAUGCUCAAGGUAUGAAUGCAGCGGUACGGGCUGUAGUCCGAAUGGGAAUCUAUGUUGGAGCCAAAGUUUACUUUAUUCAUGAGGGAUAUCAGGGUAUGGUGGAUGGGGGUGAUAACAUAAAGGAGGCCACAUGGGAGAGUGUCUCCAGCAUGCUGCAAGUGGGUGGAACAGUGAUCGGAAGUGCACGAUGCAAAGAGUUUCGCACACAUGAGGGACGUCUGAAGGCGGCUCACAACCUGGUGCAGCGCGGCAUCACCAACCUGUGUGUGAUCGGUGGAGACGGCAGUCUGACCGGAGCCAACCUGUUCAGAGAAGAGUGGAGCGGACUACUGAACGAACUUGUACAGCAGGGUCUGAUUGAUGAGGAUGCUGUACAGCGAUACUCAGCUCUCCACAUUGUGGGGAUGGUGGGGUCCAUCGAUAACGACUUCUGUGGUACAGACAUGACCAUCGGCACAGACUCAGCUCUCCACAGAAUCAUCGAAGUGGUGGACGCCAUCAUGACUACCGCUCAGAGCCAUCAGAGGACGUUUGUUCUGGAGGUGAUGGGCAGACACUGUGGCUAUCUGGCGUUGGUGAGUGCUCUGGCGUGUGGAGCUGACUGGGUUCUGAUUCCGGAGAUGCCGCCUGAGGACGGCUGGGAGGAGAAGAUGUGUGAGAAACUCUCAGCGAAUCGGGCAGGAAUGAAAAGGCUGAAUAUCAUAAUAGUAGCUGAGGGCGCCAUUGAUCGUAACAACAAGCCUAUAACCACAGAUCGUGUGAAGGAUUUGGUGGUGCGCUGUCUGGGCUUUGAUACUCGCGUGACAAUCCUGGGCCACGUCCAGAGAGGAGGAACCCCCUCGGCCUUCGACAGAAUCCUGGCCAGUCGUAUGGGUGUGGAGGCUGUGUUGGCUCUGCUGGAGACCACGGCGAACACGCCGGCCUGCGUCGUGUCUCUGUGUGGAAACCAGGCUGUGAGGCUGCCUCUCAUGGAGUGUGUGCAGAUGACUCAACAAGUUCAGAAGGCCAUGGAUGAAAAGAGGUUUGAAGAGGCAGUAAAGCUGCGUGGCAGGAGCUUUCAGAACAACCUGAAGACCUACAAGCUGCUGGCCCACCGCAAACCGGAAUCUGAACUUCCACACAGCAACUUCAAUGUGGCAGUGUUGAACGUUGGCGCUCCUGCAGCGGGUAUGAAUGCUGCCGUGCGCUCUGCGGUCAGAGUGGGCAUCUCUGAGGGACACAAGAUGUUCGCCAUUAACGACGGCUUCGAGGGCUUCUAUAACGGACAGAUAAGGGAGAUCAAAUGGGGAGAUGUGGGUGGCUGGACAGGCCAGGGAGGAUCCCUGCUGGGCACUAAAAGAACACUUCCAGCAAAGCACGUUGACAAAAUCGCUGAGCAGAUUCGGAAAUACAACUUGAACGCACUGCUGAUCAUCGGAGGAUUUGAGGCCUACCUGGGGAUCAUGGAGUUGUUAGCAGCUCGUGGGACAUAUGAGGAGUUUUGUUUGCCCAUGGUCAUGGUGCCGGCCACAGUCUCCAACAAUGUGCCGGGCUCAGACCUCAGCAUUGGUGCUGACACCGCUCUAAACGCCAUCACCGAUGCGCUUGAGUGCCUGCUGCAGCUGUGUGAAGCUCGAGCCACCCAUGAGGAGUUUUGCAUCCCGCUGUGUAUGCUGCCUGCCACUAUCAGUAACAAUGUGCCCGGCACUGACCUUAGUAUCGGGGCAGAUACUGCCCUUAAUGCCAUCGUGGAGACAUGUGAUCGUAUUAAGCAGUCUGCCAGUGGAACAAAGCGGCGUGUGUUCAUUAUUGAAACUAUGGGAGGAUACUGUGGUUAUCUGGCCAGUGUGGGUGGACUGGCUGCAGGAGCGGACGCUGCUUACAUUUACGAAGAGCCAUUCGACAUCCGAGACCUUCAGUCUAAUGUUGAGCACUUGACAGAGAAGAUGAAGACCAGCAUUCAGCGAGGACUGGUACUGAGGAAUGAGAACUGUAAUGAUAACUAUACUACAGACUUCAUCUACCAGCUCUACUCGGAGGAGGGCAGAGGCGUUUUUGACUGCAGGAAGAAUGUUCUGGGUCAUAUGCAGCAGGGAGGGGCUCCAUCUCCAUUUGACCGCAACUUUGGGACCAAAAUCUCAGCCAAGGCCAUGCAGUGGAUCUCAAAGAAACUGACAGAAUGUUACCGGCAAGGGAGAGUGUUUGCUAACACUGAGGACUCAGCGUGUUUGUUGGGGAUGCGUCGUCGUGCCCUUGUCUUCCAGCCUGUGGUUGAGCUGAAGCCUGAGACGGAUUUUGUUCACAGGAUCCCGAAGGAGCAGUGGUGGCUGAAGCUCCGCCCCCUGAUGAAGAUUCUGGCCAAAUACAAGACGAGCUACGACGUGUCCGACUCCGGCCAGCUGGAGCACGUCGUCCUCAAUCGCACCAAGGAGUCGGACGCCACCGCCGCUAUCUGAGGUCGCGAGAGUCACGCCGGGGUCAGAGGUCACCCUGUAGACAGGCUGGUCUGUUUAGUGUGUGCUGCUGAUGCAGAAGCUUCGUUCUUUCCUCUUAUCGUGUACCGGCACUUCAUCGUCCUCUCCGUCACGUCGUUAUUUAAACCCCAGUCUCCCCCUUUGUCGUUUCCCGUAAAAAAGGCGCCGUACAGAAUGUAGGAGAGUCCAGGGACCGGCCGUGUCCGGCCUGCGUCCUCAGGCUUUUAGUAUGUGUCCAUGCUGCGAGUCACUACACGCUGACUUCCGGUCUCCAGGAGCAGCAGCUAGAGUAGCUCCACCUGUUAGUGUCCAGCUGUUGAUGCAGCAGCGCGUCCGUCAACCCGAUGCAAUCCAGCGCCUGUCUCUCAAGCACAGUUUGAUGUGUGAAUGUGUGAAUAUCAUAUUAUGUGCUGACAUUUAUUUGCUUGACCAAUAAAGAUUAUAUAUACACCUA